CAUAUAGCUAUUAAACAAUUUGUAAAAAGAUUGUUUAAAUUUAUAUUAUAGUUAGGACAUCUUUAUUUAUUGUCUUAUUCACCUUAAAUGUGAAGCAUAUCCUGAGAUUUAGCAAAAUCAAACCCACUAUGAUACGAAUUCGACUAGGCUCAUCAGUCAUUCAGUUCAGGAGAACUGUUGCUCUAGCUGCUGCAGUGUGUUUACUUGUUGCUGCUGGCCUCCUUUAUUUGUUAAAUGAUCAAGAAGGACAGUUUAGUCAGAAUAUUAAUUCUAUCCCAGGAACCUUUGAUAAACAAAAUGUAGGAAAGAAUGAAUUGGGUCUUCUAGAACAGAGACUCCAGCGGUUAGAAGAAGAACUACAGAAUAACCGACAAAUGUUGGGUCAAAUCAAGGAAACAGUUCGGGAGCUCACAAAGGACAGCUCAUAUGGGGGAAUAGAUUCAUACCUGUUGUUGGGGAACUCUCAUUCCUUCACUUCAAGGCUUAACCGCAGCUCUGCCCAUGUAAUGAUGGAAGACUGUCACUUCUGUGGCCUACCUCUGGUGAAGUCUGAUAUUGAGAUGCAUGAUGAAUAUGAGAAAAUAAAAUUUGACAACCCUAAUGGAGGAGUGUGGAAACAGGGAUGGAAUAUACAGUACAACAGUGAACAGUGGAACAAGAAGAAACUGAAGAUAAUUGUUGUUCCACAUUCUCAUAAUGAUCCUGGAUGGUUGAAAACUUUUGAACGUUAUUUCAAUGACCAGACCCGUCACAUUUUAAACAACAUGGUGGUGAAAUUGAAGGAAGAUGAGAGGCGGAGAUUUAUUUGGGCAGAGACAUCAUAUCUUGCACUCUGGUGGGAAAAGAUUGAUAAUAAUGCCAAGAAAAUUGUCAAAAGAUAUUUGGACAGUGGUCAACUAGAAAUAGUAACAGGUGGUUGGGUGAUGAAUGAUGAAGCAUCCACACAUUACUUUGCAAUGGUUGACCAAAUGGUGGAAGGUCAUCAGUGGCUGGAGCAUCACUUAGAAUAUAAACCCAAAAAUGGCUGGGCAAUAGAUCCUUUCGGAAUGUCGCCAACUAUGGCAUACUUGUUACGUCGAAUGGGCUUGGAUAACAUGGUGAUUCAACGUGUUCACUAUUCUGUCAAGAAGCAGUUAGCUCAAAAGAAAGGGCUUGAAUUUUUGUGGAGACAAUCUUGGGAUCAGAAUCAUACUACUGAUAUUACCUGUCACAUGAUGCCAUUCUACAGCUAUGAUGUUCCUCACACAUGUGGACCUGACCCUAAAAUUUGCUGUCAAUUUGACUUUAAACGACUUCCUGGAAAUAAAGUUAAUUGCCCUUGGCGAGUUCCUCCUGUAGCUAUCUCAGACAAAAAUGUGGAAUCCAAGGCAUGGACAUUAUUAGACCAAUAUAGAAAGAAAUCUCAGCUCUUUCGAACCAAUGUGGUAAUGAUACAAUUAGGAGAUGACUUUCGCUAUGAUAAAAUCUCUGAAUGGGACCAGCAAUUUUCCAAUUACCAAAAGCUUUUUGACUACAUGAAUCAAAGAGAAGACUGGCAUGUACAGGCUCAGUUUGGUACUCUAGAAGAUUAUUUCACUGCAUUGCGAGAUGAGACUGGUCUUGAUGAAAGGAAGUACCCAACUGGAUUGCCCACACUUAUAGGAGAUUUCUUUACUUAUGCUGAUAGAGAUGAUCAUUACUGGAGUGGAUAUUUCACUUCUCGCCCUUUUUAUAAAAAUAUGGAUAGAGUUCUUGAAGCCCAUCUCAGAGGUGCAGAAAUCCUUUUUUCUCUGGUGUGGGCUCGAAUGGCUCAUGUUGGUAGGGACCAAGUACCUUUUGUUGAAGCACUCAUGAAGAAUCUAGUAGAAUCUCGGCGUAAUUUGGGCUUAUUCCAACAUCAUGAUGCCAUCACUGGGACAUCCAAGGACCCUGUUGUAAUUGAUUAUGCUACAAGGAUGUUCCAGUCAAUUCAGAAACUUCAGCACGUUAUCUGCCAAAGUUCCUUGUAUUUAUUAUCAAACCUCCAGGGUCACUACACCUUUGAUCCAAAUGCUGUACUUUUCCAGAUUGAUGAAGUACAGGAAUUGCACAGUUCAAUUUCUAAGAAAUUUCCUCUUACAUUUUCUAGUUCUGUAAGAAAGAGGAAAAUAUUUGUGUAUAAUUCCCUAAGUUACUCUCGGAGGGAAUUUCUACGGCUUCAUGUUUCCACACCAAAUAUAGAGAUUCGAAACAGCAGUGGUCGAAUACUUCCUGUUCAAAUUAGCCCUGUUUGGGAAGGUUCCCGUAUAUUGGAGGGCCAGUUUGAGGCUUUAUUCCUGGUAGAAGUACAACCUCUCAGCCUUACAUCAUACAGCAUAGAGUCAUCUGGAGGCAUAAGUAGUGGUGUUACUAGAGCAACUGUGACUUUGUACAAUGUAGAAUCACUACCUGAUUCAAAGGACUUCCCUUUAAGAGUUGUAGACACUCCUCCAGAGUUCUCCAUUAGUUCAAAUUAUUUCACUGCAGUUUUUUCUGGAGCAGAUGGAAUGUUGAGGCGUAUUAUUAACAGAGAUGAUUACUCAGUGACUGAAGCAAGAAUUCAAUUCUUGAUGUAUGGUACGAGGCCUAAAGGACGUGACCGUAGUGGGGCCUAUCUAUUUUUACCAGACACAGCUGCCCAGGACAUCAAAUACAGUCGACCACAUAUACGUGUUAUUCAGGGUCCAUUAUUUUCAGAAGUUGUCGUGUUUCUUCCUGAUGUUGAACACCAUAUCAGGUUAAGAAAUUCACCAGGAACAGAUGGAAGUGGAAUUGAAAUUUAUAACAUUGUAGAUGUUGCCCGAGAAGUUAAUAAAGAACUGAUAAUGAGAUUUUACACCAAUAUCUCUAAUCAGGAUCAAGAAUUUUUUACUGACCUCAAUGGUUUUCAGGUAAUAAAAAGGAAAAUCUAUGACAAAAUCCCUCUUCAAGGAAAUGUUUACCCUAUGGCAACUAUGGUUUAUUUACAAGACAAUCGCACACGAAUGACUUUAGUGACUGGGCAGCCACUUGGAGCAACCAGUCUAAAACCCGGUUGGUUGGAAGUUUUUCUUGAUCGAAGGUUAAAUCAGGACGACAACAGAGGACUUCUGCAGGGUGUAUUGGACAAUAAGCGAACACCAAGCAUCUUCAGAUUAUUACUGGAACGACGGUCAUAUAGGUCUUCUUCUGAGGGCAUAUCAAGUUACCCAUCUCUCUUGUCCCAUCAUGCUUCACUAUCUCUUCUUCACCCUAUGUUUAACAUGAUUCAGUUGGAAAAGAGUCUUGAAUCCAAAAAUGUUAUUACUGGGCAUGAUUUGAACCUCCAUUCUAUGUUGACCCUGAUGGGGCAACCUCUACCCUGUGAUAUUCACUUAGUUAACCUUAGAACACUACAAGCUCCACCAGGUGGCUCUGCUUCCUUCUUACCAUCCAACAGCACUGCUCUCUUCUUGCAUCGGUUUGGUUUUGACUGUCAUUUCAAGGCUGUAGGUCUGAACUGUAGUACAAACAAAGGAAAGGUGUCUGUAGAUAAACUUUUCCCAGAUUUGUUUGGUACAUCGAUGGAAGAAUCGUCUUUGUCACUCAUGUAUACUGGUAAUUCGAUCUCCAAGUUUUCUACUAUCCAAAUUCCUCCCAUGGAAAUCUUGACACUGCGGCUUAGUCGGAGGUGAUGAGAGAUUACUUCUUAUCUGUAUGUUGAAUCACAACAUUGUCUCCCAUCAUUUACACAAUACAUUGUUUAUUGUUGGAAUACACAGCAAAAGAAACGAUUUAAAAAACUUGCAAAGUUUAUGUGAAAAUUUCAGAGAUCUACCUGACCAGUGGAGAAAAAACAUUCAUUUUAAUUCAUGUUUAUAACAUCAUAUCUGUUUGAGAAUUUGUUGGUAAGUGAUAAACUCUCUUUUUGCCUGUACGAAAGUUGAGGCAUUAUUAAAUUCUGUCUUGUGUAUUUGCUUAGUGGUAGUAUUGUAAGUGAGCUACCAUUUUCAACAUUCCAAAGCUUUUCUUGUAACAUUCUGUUGACUGAGCAGAAUAUUAGGAAUUCUUCUUUGUAAUUUGUUGAUAAAUAUUUUUCAGAGUGUAACAUAGAUUGGUGUGUCUUUGUAAUUACACAUAAUAGAACUAUUCUCAAACGUUUUCCACUUUUUUGUUGUACUUUUAAAAAAAGUAAAAAAUGCUACCUCUAAAACAUUAGAAAAUGGUGUAUUGUUCACAAAAAAAAAUCCUAACAUAAACACCACUUCCAGCACACAAAAAUGAAAGAAAUAAAAAGGUAACAUAUAGAAAAUGAAAGAUCUGAGCUCUAAAUAGAUAUAUCAAUAUGUAGCUGUGUUCAGUAACUCACAUUUUAUUUCUAGUUUAUGUAAUUAUAAUCCAUAAUUUUGCAUUAAAAAUAACCAAUACAAAGCAGUAAAUAUUUUUUUUAAUGUCCUUUGUUUCACUAUUACAUCUUUGGCGGUGCAGUGUUCAAUCCCUGAUAAAGCUUUAAGGUGAAAUAGGUGACAUUUGUUAAUUUUUAAUACAGGUAUGAGUUUGAUAAUCUAUGUCAGCAUCAUUCUAAGUAUGAUUAUGCUAAGCCAUUUUCUUUAUUUACUUAAAUAUGAAUAACCAUGUAUGUCAAGACAAAACAUCAAAAAAUACAUAAAGAAUAACUUUCUAAAGAUAAGAUAUAUGUUACAAAAUAUAAAUAUGAUAAUAAAGAAGUGUUAGAAAAGACAAAGUGAAAUAUAAUUGUUAUGGGCAUAAUCACAUUUAAUAAGUACGUCAACUUUUGUGAUUUUUUUCUUUAAACAUGUUUUUUAUGUUUUGUCAAUGUUAAAUUAUGAGUGUUGUUUAGGUUUAUAAUGCUAAGUGACAUACUCUAUCAUUAUUAGUAACAUAUUUUUGAAAAUUGAAUUUUUUAUUAUUGGCUGAAGUUAGUGUGUGAGAGGGUAUUUAUUCAUUUAUUGUCCACGCCUUAAUGUGGGGAUUUAUUUUAGGCAUAUAGUUGAUUGAUGAUAUAAUCUAUCUAUAUAAACUGAUUAUAUAGAUUAGGAGUUG